GCUGACUACGGUUUCUAUUUGGUUACCACGGCUAGCGGGGGGAAUGAUGUUUAUAACAACCGACUUAGUUUGUACCCCUUUACCGGGAUUCAGUCUGUAAGUUACAAAAGUUAAUGCGUUUGGAUAUAGGCUAGAGUGGAAUUUUUCGACGGUUGUCCUUUUUGGAGUUUGUUCUAGUGUGGCUUAUACAAAGUGUGGCAGUGUCUUUAUGUAGUGGUACAUAAAAAUGCAUAAUUGGCCAAUUUGUUAUGUAGGGAAGUAAACGCGAACAACAUCAGCAGCAACAGCAGCAGGACGAGCAGGAAACCGCAGUUUAGUCUGGAUUCAACUUUUCUCCAAAAUGAGUCCCAAAAAGAAGAUGUCCAAAAAGGAACGAGCUCGCCUGGAGGCCGAACAGGCAGAACAUCAGCGGAUGGAGCUGGAACGGGAGCGCCAGCGAAAGAUCGAAGAGGAAAAAAUGCGCAAAGUUCGCGAGAAGGAGGAAGCCGAACGGAAACAGGUGCAGGAGAUAGUGGCCAACAAGUUGCGGAAAGUUCAACUGGAAGAUAGCUACAAGUAUUUCGCUUUAAUUAAAGAGGAGGUCAAGCAUUUGCACGGCCAGCAGAAGAAGGAUCGCGAGUGGGAGCAGUACAUGCGGUGCAAUGGUUUACCGAAUGCGUUUGAUCCUGCGGAUUUGAGAAAGUAUUUGCACAUCUGGUGUGAGGGCAUCCGACUGUACAAUGAACGUGAGCAAAACUGGCUCCUGUGCGCCAACGAGCAGAGCAUAUUGACACAAGACGUUAACGUUCCGAACAUGUCACGCGAGAGCCUGAAGCAACAGCAGCCGGAAAUAGGAAACGUGUAUGCGGCCAAAACGAGGGAGGUCCUCGGGAUAUUGGAAGAGAUAGACGACGCUCUGCACGAUACGGAUAUGACACAGUCGAUGAUUGAUGACUUACAUGAGAUGAAAACCGAGUUUCGCCGGGUGCUGGCCAACUACAUCGACGAGUUCGCAUACAAAGUCCUGAGCAACAUCAACCGGGACAUGGAACUGACGGGGCUGCUCGAGGUGACCCACAAGUACGAAUCGGAUGUGUUCAAAAUGCAGCUCUACGGGCUCCGGGAUAUGCCAACCCCUCAACUCAACCCCAAGGAGAAGGCCAAAGAGGACAGCAAACACACGGAUAUCGAUUUCCCGCUGCUGGGAUUCCAUCUGGUUCUGCCGGCUGCCGUAAAGUGCCAUCAUUCGGCAAUAAGAGGUUUAUGGAUAAGUUAUGACCAUUUCAGUGAUUAUUGCCCUAGCUACGACAUGCCCUACAGGCAGGAUCAUCGUGCUGAUCUGCGUAUUAUUAGCCGAAUCGAGUGGAAGAAGCGGAAGGAGAUCCUGAAGGCGGUGUACGAGGAACCGCGGGAGAAACGACCGGAAGACUCCGAAGACGACGAAAGGGCAACCCACGACAUCGACGUGGACAAAAUCUACACCGAACACGCGGACGAGCUGAUGAAGAAGGAGCGCGCCAAAAAGGGAACCAAGGCGCUGAAUUUGUUCGAAAACGACGUGAACAUGAGAAGCCAUCGCAUAAUUGCCGGUGUCUAUUGCAUCGAUUAUCUGGAACAACCGAUGCAGGAAGUUAAAAUUGCGAAAAAGUCGCUGCUGCGGACGGUUCCACAACCGGGCCAGCUGACGAGGAAGAAAUUCUAUCAGCCUUACCGUCCACCUCCAACGCCCCAACCCGGAGUGCGUCGUCUCCCCGAAGAAAUCGAAGCCGAAAUCAAACAAAUGGAGGAGAACCUCGACAAACUGGCUUUGAUCACAUUACAACUGCCGGAGAAUGUAUUCUGGUUCGAACCGCCAAUCGUGUGCCGUUGGGAAAGCAAGGAGGAGACUCUCGAAUCCGAGCCAAGUUUUGCCAAGUACCUAGAUAAACAUAAACAGAUGGUGCAAGCUGCCAAGGAGCGAAAAACCAAAUCGAUGCGCGACCGGAAGACAAAGUAUAUCGAAGAUUUUAACAUUCUCGAUGUUCCUUCGCACGUUCAUCUUAGUUCCAUCGUCGCUGAUUUUGUGAUUCCCAAGCUCCCGGAAAACUACUCGGUGAAAAUUGUACCCCAGGACGAUAAGAAAAAGUCGCACCUGUUGACGAGCGGUAAAAAGUCCCGAGAGAAAAAGAGGAAAAUCACCAAAACUCCCUCAGGCGCCGCACUAACGAACAUCAUCUAUGAGACGAAAAUACCGUCCUAUCUUUUCCCGCCAGGCUGUGGAAGUAAAAUUCUGAAAAUAUGGAAUAGACGAAACAAACUAAGCUACCCAUGCAUUCCGGAGGAAAGUGACGACCAGGCCGACUAUGAUGACUCCGACAACGACGUGGCCUCCUCUGCUGGGAAUGGAAAAUCGAGGAAAAAGCAAUACAUGUUCUCGAAAUUUAUGAAAGAUUUAGACGAAUUAAUUGAUGCGAAAACCCCGAAAUUUGAAUUUAAAAUUGAGGAAAUCGUUACGACCGUAUCCAAAGCCGAGCAGGGUAGACAAAGUGUGAUGAUUGUACGGUCCGAGGAACGGGCACGGGACCGUGAUCGGAAGGCAAAGGUCCAGAAGAGCAAAUUUGACUCCGACGACGAAGAGGUGAACUAUGGGGACAUUCAGGAGGUGGGCAACUACGUCAUGGUUGACCGGGAGAAGGAAUACGUCGGCAAGUGGAGCACCAGGGAUAUUCAUGAUGUAAAAUUCAACGAGGACAAAUUAACCAUUCAGUUUCGGAUCGGACGGCUGGGGGCGAUAGGAUUCGCCGCAAACCGAUACAGCAAUUUGCCAUAUCAGUCGUGGGAGCUGAAGCCGGACCUCAAGAAUCCAGGCAGCGUUACGUUCUCCCUGACCGCAGCAGUCGUCAGCACCGAAAUCUCUAUCUCCGAGCAUGGCUUCCGAGUCAACUCGUUACAGGGCGGUCCGACACAGGCCCUGCAGGAAAUCCUCGGCCAGGUGCUGCCGAUGCGCAAAAUGAUGAAACAAUUACGGCUGGCCGCCGUCGACCUCUUUCCGGAAGACGACGCCUUCAACUAUUCGGAGGGUUCCUGCGAGAAGAAUCCCAUCAUGGAGUCGCAUCUUUACGACUGCAUAGGCCUGCUGGCGCUGACACAUAAUUUUUCCUGGUCCAGAUGGAAUCUGUUGUCGGGCUGUCGGAUGUGCGUUCUGCUGAUGCGUGAAAUUAUCGAACAUCGCCGGAUUCCAAUCCACUCGACGUUGCUGGUGACCCCACUGAAGGCCACAAUCGUCGAUUCGGUCGAGGUUUCACCCACUUUCAAUAGCAGCCCCAUCGAUGGCAUGGAGCAUUACGCAGAUCUGUACCAUCUGGGUCGGGAACACUCGCAGCCGUCUUCGAAAGUGAAACAGGAAAACAUGAGCCCCAUCCUGCGAGAUAACGUUGUGCAGCUGUUGAAGGCAGUUCGCCCGCUAAGCUUCUCGUAAAUUCACGUCUGUGUGAGCCUUGAAAUAAAUACGUGCUUCUUGCCGUCUGCCACAA